AUGCAGGAUCGACAAAAGAAGUACGCCUAUGAGCAUAGGGUGGAUCGUCAGUUCUCUGUAGGUGAUCGAGUGUUUCUGCAUGUGCGACCGCGGAAGAGUCCAAUUCAUUAUGGAAAGGGCUCUAAGCUUGCAUCACAUUUUGUUGGUCGAGAACAGGCUUCCAGGAGUAAGCCUGAUACUAGGGGAGGAGAUGAAACACCCUUACAAAUUUCGUCGCAAAAAUUUCGUCGGAAAAGCGAUGAACUUGAAUUCGUCGAAAACCUCAACCAAACAUUGUCGGACAAUGCCACAGAAAAUGGAACCAAUUUUCAUUGGAACGCAACUUCAUUGGCUCUUUUUAUGUCACCUUUGCCAACAUUUUGGAUGAUAUACAAGCUGAAAUCCACCAGAGAGUAUUCUGUUUUUCCAUAUCUCUGCACCCUAUUCAAUUGUGCUGUCUGGUUACUGUAUGGAUCUCCAUAUGUUAAGCCCCAUAAUCUUUUGUUACUCACCAUCAAUGGGGCUGGCUUUAUUUUGGAGCUAUUCUAUCUUAUGUCAUAUUUAACAUUUGCCUCCAAAAAGAAUAAGGUGAUGAUAGUGCAGUUGACAAUUGCAAUGAGCUUGAUCCUUGCUACAGUUGUGGUGAUAACUAUUUUAGUUAUUCAUACUCUUGCAAAUAGACAGCUUUUGGCAGGUACUUUGUGUGUCAUAUUCAGCAUAGCCAUGUAUGCCUCUCCAUUCUGUGUUAUGAGAGAGGUUAUUAAGACCAAAAGUGUGGAGUGCAUGCCUUUUCUAAUAUCACUAUUCAACUUGUUGAAUGCACUUGUGUGGUUUGCUUACUCCUUUGUCACUAAAGACAUCUUCAUUAGAGUGCCAAAUGGUAUUGGCUUCUUAUGUGGAAUUAUUCAAAUAAUUCUCUAUUAUGUAUAUAGAAAUCAUGAAGAGAUUGAUGAUUUGGAAAUAGGGAUAAAAGGUCAUCAUGCAAAGCCUACUAACAUUGUGAGUAUCCCUAUUAAAGAAGAAGAAACAACCAAUCCUAAAGUGUGAUCUAGUCCCAAAUUUGUAUCCAUGCAAAAUCGAGGCUAAGAGAGAUCAUACCAUGAAA